GCCUGCAGCGCCCGCUGGGAAAUGGAGUUCGAGGGGCGGAGGCGCCGAAGGGCCUCGCGGCCUGCAGCUGCGCCCUGCGUGUGUCAAUGGAAAUAAGUGAGCAGUCCCAGUCUAAACAGUCAUGUGAUGUCAUUUGUGAUGAUGUCAUAAGAACUAAAGUAACAAUGAGAGAAAUUCUGGAAGUUUGAAUUUGUGCACUCACUAGCAACCACUUUCAAUGUUUCAUCACUUCGGCAAACCUGGAGAAGGGUUCCAAGUGCCGAUUCCGUCACUGUGAAAAAGCCAUUGGCAGUGAGAUUGUUUGCUCAUUAUGGAGAGAGGGAAGAUGUUCACAUCAGCUUUGCCGAUUUAGACAUAUGGAAAUACAGCAAAAAUACAACAGAAUCUCAUGUUUCUGGGAAACACAGCCUUUAGGCUGUGUGAGGAUCAGUUGUGUCUUCCAUCAUAGCAAACCUCGUAAUAUAAAUGGACUUUUUUUGCCACCUAGUAGCAAUGGCACACUCCAAAAGGAAGUUCAAGAAGGAAAUCUGCAUCCUGCCCACACUCAAGAACCCCUAAAAGGUCAAGAAAGCAUUUUAAGACCCAUUCAUCCUCCACUGAUCAUAAACAUCAGCCUGGAGGAGGAAGAGGAAGAGGAAGAAGAGGAGAACUAUGCCUCUUAUUUAUUGACAAAGACUCCAGCAGACAUUGAGGAAGAAAAAGCAAUAAAGGAGAUGUGUUAUAAAUCUGGAGAAUAUUACAGAAUUCAGACUCCUCAGGAGAACGAGUCAGCAAAAAUCAUGUCUUCAACGCUGGAUAAUGAGCUAUUGAAACCCAUGGAAACUGGCAGAGACUUACAGGAAGGUGAUGGUGUUACAGUGCCAACAAAGUUUAAUAUUAUAGAAAGACAAGGAGAGGUAACAUCAUCAUUAGAUGGUAACACCAGGACUGAUCUUGGUGCCUUUGAAAAUGGAGGAGGUGAUUGUUAUGUACCACAAAGGAGCAUAUUUGUUGGAGGGAAGCAAAGUGAAAUAUUAACUGGAGAAAAAGAAUUAACUACGUCCAGACGUUCAGAUGUGAAAGCAAUGAGUCACACUGAGCCAGUAAAGAAGCGUCACUUUAAAGGAGUGAAGAAAAAGAAAUGGAUUUCUGAAGAACCAAAAAACUCAUUCAGCAUGUUUGCAGGCAAAGCAAUGCAUGCUUCAAACUCAAAAGGUAAAGCAAAUUGCCAACAAAAUGAUCAAAGCAAGGAUGCUGAAAAUACUUGUUAUGUUCCAUCUCAAAGAGCCACUGGGAGAAGCAUUUCCUUGAAUUCUCCAGAACCUGGAAGAUCAACAAACACGACCUACAGUAAUGUCAGUGUUACCAAAGAAUCCAAGCUGAAUCCGCCUACAGACAAAUGGACUGCAGCAUCCUAUAAUUCACCAGCGUGGAGAAAAAGAAGCCCACAUACAAAAGCAUACUCUAAAUCUGAAAAAAUCCAUUCAGAUCCAAAAAGAAAUGGAAGCAAGUAAAAAACAGAAAGAAAGAGACUUCGAGAAAAUAAAGAAGUGAAGCACAAUCCAUCAUACAAUUUACAAUAAAAAAUGAUAAAAAUGCAAAUUCAAGGAAUGAGAUUAUCACAUGCUUCACACUGGAGAUCCAAAGAUGAUAAAAUGCAAAUUCUAAAAAUAAGAUGCAGGAAGUGUACACUGUAUGGUUUCAA